CGCUAACCGGAAGGGAAGGCCAGAGCCCAAGAAGAAGAAGAAGAAGACAGCAGCCGCCGAUGAGCCCAGCGAAAGAAGAGAAAGUAUUCUCCCACUGGUGAGGUCUCCUCUUCCUCUUCCUCAUCUACCUACCUGCCUGAAUCAAACCUGUCCCCAUCUAAGCUCAGCCUCACCAAGCCCUUGCCAGCCCCUGCACCAAGUCUAGGCCUAAAUUCAACCGGACUUCCUCCCUCUUCGCCCAGCUUCUUCCUCCCAGACUUCAACACUGCGCUAUGGCAGGGCGAGGCGGACCCGCUCGGACCAACGGCACGGCAGCAAGCAACAAGAUCUGCCAAUUUAAGCUAGUGCUGUUGGGGGAAUCGGCGGUGGGAAAGUCCAGCUUGGUGCUGCGCUUUGUCAAAGGCCAGUUCCACGAGUACCAGGAGAGCACCAUCGGAGCGGCCUUCCUCACACAGACGGUAUGUUUGGAUGAUACAACAGUCAAGUUCGAGAUCUGGGACACAGCAGGACAGGAACGGUAUCACAGCUUGGCACCCAUGUACUACAGGGGAGCCCAAGCCGCCAUCGUGGUCUACGACAUCACCAACACAGAUACAUUCACACGUGCAAAGAACUGGGUGAAGGAGCUGCAGCGACAAGCCAGCCCGAAUAUUGUUAUUGCACUGGCAGGAAACAAAGCAGAUCUGGCCAACAAGAGAGCUGUAGAUUUCCAGGAAGCACAAGCAUAUGCAGAUGACAACAGUUUGCUCUUCAUGGAGACUUCAGCCAAGACUGCUAUGAAUGUCAAUGAGAUUUUUAUGGCUAUAGCCAAGAAGCUUCCUAAGAACGAGCCUCAGGGUGGAGCGGGCGCCGGCGGACGAGCCAGAGGUGGCGUGGACCUCCAGGAAGCCGCACCACAGGGCAGAAGUGGCCAGUGCUGUGGGGGCGGGAACUAACUAACACAACCACGAGUCAGCUGAUCCAACCAAUCUACAGCUUCGAUCAACCAGACCAGAUAUUAGCCAGCUGUCAAACAAUGUCCCAUCGGUCAAACCAAACCACGGUCGGACCAGCUACCCUCUGAGCAACACAGCACAAAUAAACUGUUUGGCAAAUGAGUCCACUGGCCAGUAAACUGCCAGAGCCCACUGAUGGUUCCAGAUGACGAGCCAAUCAACAGACCAAGAAAUCAACCCACAGGCUUAUAUACAGAAUCAUGUUUUAACCCCAGGACUUGCCAAUCCAUGACCUCUCUAUUGAUGAUGGACACUUGACGUCACCUUAGGGGAAAAAAAAACAAAACAAAAACGUCCCAUUCAUGGAAGAAGAAAAAAAAAAGAGAUCAGUCAUUACCAAUGGCACUUAACGGCCAUUUUGCUCACCUUUGUUUCUGUAUUUGUGUAGAGGAAAAAAAAUAAUGCAACAGGAAGGAAUAUAAACAGGCUCAUUGGCCCUGUCCUGUCUCUUCUACCCACUGCUUCCCCAUGCACCUUAAAUUUAGUAUUUCCAUCAUGUCUUAUGACACUGUUAAAACUCCAGUCCAGGUGCAUGCUGCAGUCCUUCACUUUUCUGUCUUGUUCCUGGUCCGCUUCCUGGAAAAGAUGACGAGAGAAGGUUCAUAGCAGGAGAACGGGAAUGGACAGAUAAUUCCUUCUUGAUAGAGCUGUGUAGAUUGAAUUAUUACAUUGUUAUUGUUAUCACUAUUAUUAUUACUUCAACUUCUUUUGACACAGGCUGUUCAGUAUGAUUUUAAAGCCUAGACUUUGAGGUUUUACAAUCAUCCAUCUAUGUUAUCGAACCAUAUACAGUAAAUAGUACUUUAUUAACAUUAUCACCCAUGAGUAAUUUUAGCAUUAAUGUAAUGUUUUUGAAUCAUCAGUGUACAAUUACAAAUACAUAAAGCAAGAUUUGUUUUCUCGACCAAAAUCACAACUGUGUAUUGACAACAUGCUGUAUUUGUAUCAGACUUUUCAAGUUUAUAAUCAAUCAGUAGUUAUUGUCAAAACAAUAUCUUCCCAAUCUCUACAUGAUGUUUUGUUAACCUUAAUUAUUUUGUGAUGGAUUUUUUUUUUUUAUGUCUUAAUUUUUUUUCUGAAGAUCUAUGGUAUUAAAUGCACUGGUUCUGUCUCAUCA